AUGGUACAAUGGCUGUGUCACUGGAGAGGAGAGGGCCAACCCAACAGUCAACCCCCGAGAGAGAGAGGAGAGGAGAGGGCCAACCCAGCAGUCAACCCCCAGAGAUGGGAGAGGAGAGGGCCAACCCAGCAGUCAACCCCCAGAGAGAGGAGAGGAGAGGGCCAACCCAGCAGUCAACCCCCAGAGAUGGGAGAGGAGAGGGCCAACCCAGCAGUCAACCCCCAGAGAUGGGAGAGGAGAGGGCCAACCCAACAGUCAACCCCCAGAGAUAGGAGAGGAGAGGGCCAACCCAGCAGUCAAUCCCCAGAGAUAGGAGAGGAGAGGGCCAACCCAGCAGUCAAACCCCAGAGAUGGGAGAGGAGAGGGCCAACCCAGCAGUCAACCCCCAGAGAUGGGAGAGGAGAGGGCCAACCCAGCAGUCAACCCCCAGAGAUGGGAGAGGAGAGGGCCAACCCAGCAGUCAACCCCCAGAGAUGGGAGAGGAGAGGGCCAACCCAGCAGUCAACCCCCAGAGAUGGGAGAGGAGAGGGCCAACCCAGCAGUCAAUCCCCAGAGAUAGGAGAGGAGAGGGCCAACCCAGCAGUCAACCCCCAGAGAGAGGAGAGGAGAGGGCCAACCCAGCAGUCAACCCCCAGAGAGAGGAGAGGCGAGGGCCAACCCAGCAGUCAACCCCCAGAGAGAGGAGAGGCGAGGGCCAACCCAGCAGUCAACCCCCAGAGAGAGGAGAGGCGAGGGCCAACCCAGCAGUCAACCCCCAGAGAGAGGAGAGGAGAGGGCCAACCCAGCAGUCAACCCCCAGAGAGAGGAGAGGAGAGGGCCAACCCAGCAGUCAACCCCCAGAGAGAGGAGAGGCGAGGGCCAACCCAGCAGUCAACCCUCAGAGAGAGGAGAGGCGAGGGCCAACCCAGCAGUCAACCCCCAGAGAGAGGAGAGGGAGAGAGGGCUCAGAAUAUAAGCCUUCUGCUUUCCAGUAGUGAAGCCUGA